AUGGCCAACGCCGACAAUUCAAUGGCUGAAUUUAUCACUGAUCUCGAGCUGGCCAGCCAGAUGUAUGGUAUUGAAGUUGUCAAUGAGGAUGAGAAACAAGUCAAGAUCCACGUAGCUGGAAUCGAGUCAACCCCAUAUGCAGGCGGGAUCUAUGAAGUUGUCUUCAAUUUCCCAGUCAACUACCCAGAAGGCAUUCCGCACGUCACAUUCAAAACCCCCAUCUGGAACAGCGCGGUGGACCCCAAAAGCCAAAAUGUUCAUUUUCUCGGAUCUGAGACAUGGAACCUCAUCACGGCUAUCGCAUACGUUGAGGACUUGAUCCUUAAAACCAAGGUGGACGAAUUCUCCACGUACUUUAGAGUGGCUCGAUUCUGGGCCUGUCAGUUUGCCGGAGCGCCAAAGUCACCGGAGGAUAUCCAACUAAAAAGCGUCGUCGAUCAGCUCGUCGAUAUGGGAUUCCCCGUGCACGCCGCUAUCAUUGCACUCUCCAACUCUGAAUGGAACGCGGAGCAUGCGUCGGAAGAACUGCUCAGAGGAGAAUCUGGAGUCGAAGCUGGAAACGACAGAGAAGAAGCCGACCCAACCAGCCCAGACGAACACUAG